AUUCAAUUGUAUACUCUAUCCGAGUUAAAACAGACCCCAGAGGAACUUGGUUCUAAGCUGCUCAGCAGCCACGGUAUUACAAACUGUGGAAAUCUACACAAUUACUGGCCCCGUGUAGACGUCUACUCCCCACUGGGAAGUAUAGAAGAGUGCAUGGAGCACCACCGCGCUGAAAAGCUAACAGAAAACAUGCCCUGGAGGAAAUGCACAGGGAGGCAACAGCUACAGCCGAUAACGAGGAAGACGCCGAGGAAACCGUGCGGAAGUUACGUGGGAAACAGUCCCUGCCGCAUAUUGUGCCGACGUGGGCAUGCACAGAGAGGUUCUGGACGCAGUAUUCUUACGGACAUGAUUGGCGAUAUCGCAGUUUUGUCCUUGCUGUACCCCAGGACUGUCGAUGCUGGGAUGAUGUCGAGGGAAGGGGACUGUGGUAGUGUGCUUUGAUCAGGACGUCAGCCCCGUGAUGGAGACUGUGGGAUUGUGUGCGGGAGGACGACUGGCAAACCGACAAUAAAGCGGGAUGGGUAGAGGUUGAGAGGAUUAAGUAUGGAC